GAGCGCCUGGGUUUUACUCGGGGCCCGCAGUAAGGCGAUUACACUUUAUCAGUCCCUCGCUGCAUGUCAUGUGUUUCAUUUCCUCUUCGGUUACUUCCAAGCACGCAGCUGGAAAAUUUAACUUCUAAACAACACACGUGAAUUUAAAUUAGAAAAAACUGCUCCAAGUGACCAUUCGGGGAGAAAACUAAAAAGAAUUGGACUUCAAAAGCAUCUUCUACGAUAUUGACAGACAUACAGAAUGUCGUUAGAGGAGUUCCAUCCCCCGUCAAUGUCAGAGGCAGAUGAUUUGGAAAUUGAUGGAAAGCCGGCAGGUGAGAGGUGGGCGCCUCUGGGGGCCAACGACCCUGAAGAGGAGGCGGCCUGCUAUGCUCACCACACUUCCAUAUCACAUUUCCAGUUCGACGUUGAUAAAAUGCGGGAACUGGAAGAACAACAGGAAAUGCUGAACUCGUCGUUGAUAGCGCUCACCACACACUUCGCUCAGGUCCAGUUUCGUUUAAGCCAAAUUGUCGAAGCGCCUCCAACGGAAAAAGAGAUGUUGCUGAAAGAUCUGGAGCAGUUUGCAUUUAGAGGAAUUCCGGAUUACAGAGAAUCAAAAACUCCAAAGGAACUCCUUUGCGCAACGCCUCCCGUCGGAGAGGAUUUGGAGGAAAAAAUGCACGCUCAACGAGAAAAGCAAAGAGAAUUGAUAACGCAGCUGAAGUCACAACUGGAAGAAUUGGAAAAAUACGCGUACGAGACCGGCGAGGCUGGUUUGCCGCAGAGUGUGGUUUUGGAGAGGCAGAGAGUGAUAAUAGACCAACUUAAAGGAAAGCUCAAUCUGAACGUUGACAAUAUCGAUAAUUUAACAGUUGACGAUCUGAAGCAUGAAGUGGACAGCGCUAUUUCUCAAUUGGUCAGUCCGCUGAAAAUGAAAGAAACGCUGGUAGCUCAACUUAAGACGCAAAUCGUCGACUUGGAGCGGUUUAUUGAUUUUCUUCAAGGAGAGGCGCCUGCUUUUAAAGGUGCAAAGAAGGAUUGUCCGUGCAAAUGCGCAAAAAAUAUCAAGCCAACUCUGACCAACUCUUCCGAAAAAAAUAAGAAAGCUUCUUUCCCAGGGAAAUUUCCCAAAAUCAGUACCGACUUCCCUUCCAGUGAAGACGAAAUGAGAGAAAAGACGAUCAACAUAAUGAAAAAAAUGUCCGACCUGCUGCAAAUGUUUGCGGUGACUCAGUUUGGUUGCGGAAGCGAAGCCGCAUUCAGGAAAAACAGUCUUAAAAAAACCACAAAGGCAAAUCAUUGGGGUGACAUGAGAGCCCGGCUGGAGAUGGCAGUGGGACACAUAUUGCUGCUAGCGUCUGGACAUGACUCCUUUCCCUUGGAGAGCGACUACACUUCGGACACGGAGGACGCGCCUGUCGUCAUGUGCAACGAGGAAUUGACCACUGCCGUUCGAAAAGAGUUGGCGAUCAGUUUGCGCGAUUUAAUCCAACACGGACUGAUGCCGAUUGGUCAAAGCGUCAGUUUGGUUCCGUUCAUUGGGUGCUUCCCGCAACGCAGUCACUCGGCUGGAAAAAUGAUGCACGCCUGGGAGUUGAUUUUGAAAUACUACGAGUUGAAAAACGGAGAGACCUUUAAUUCGACACCGGCCAGAAAAUUGUCUCAGAGCUUCAAUCUUGACCUUUCAGGGAAUUCCUCUACUUCCAACAAAGAGAGUCUUUUGGGUGCGAUAGGGAGCAUCAUUUCCUCUCACACAAAGUACAAAAGGAGCUACGAUUCGCAUUUCAAGGCGCUCGUUUGCGCAGCUUUAAAUGCUCGCAAACUUGUCCCAUGGCUACGCAUGAUUUUCCGCUACCAACCGAUUUUAGAAGGAUAUUAUCAGCCAUGGAGUUAUGUGGUGAAAACUGGUUUCGAGGACAGUUUCCAUUGUCUGGAAAAACUAGGCGAGCUCAAUUUUGACUUGCCCGUUGACCUGGCUGUGAGGCAGCUCCAGAAUAUCAAAGACGCCUUUUAGUUGAUUAAUUUUCGUUUUGGUAAAGAUUUUUCUAAUUGCAAGACUGACGCCUAUUUAACUUUCUUUUUGUCCCUCCAUACACCAGAGUAUACUUUUAAUCCCACCAAAAUAAAAAUUAUUUACCAUUGUAACUUGCCACAAAGUACACACAAUUUUUUGUUUUUAGCAAUUAUUUAUAAUAUACUUCACCGAUUUUAAUAUAUGAUUAACCUUCAGAGAAUCAAAAUUUUUAAUUAUUACAUUGUCACUCAGCAUUGUAAUGAAAAAAUGUACAGCUUUAUGAUAACUAUCUCAGCAUUGCGCGGAAUAAAUAUAUGGAUGUUUUAUUGACAAAUAACGUGAAAACUGUAAAAAAUUUAAGCGUAUUGUGAUUGAUUGAAAUAAACCUGUGGAGAGCAAACGAAAUACUAGAGAGAAAUAAACUAUUGAAAUGUUGAUGUUAGA